AUGGUUCACGUAAUUAUGAGAAAGCUAGACAAAGCUUCACAUACAGCAUUCGAGCAAUCGUUAGAAGACAGUCGAAGAAUAAUUUCAUUAAAAGAAUUAUUGCGGUUCCUAGAAGGAAGAUUUCAGGCAUUCGAAUCGAUGACGAAUGGAAACCACAAACAAAGUCACAAACCACGACAUCCAGCAGUAGCACUUGCAGCUACAAACUCAGGAUCAAAAUGUUUUACUUGCAAUAGUAGUCCUCAAUUAUUUUCAUGCGAAACUUCCAAACGUAAAUCCAUACAACAGAAGUACGAUUUACUAAAACGUCAUAAAUUGUGCACAAACUGCAUGAAACCUGGUCAUAUGGCAUUACAAUGCUCCAGCAGGGGUUGUACUAUAUGCCAAAGAAGACAUAAUACACUGUUGCAUCAAAAUAGACACCCAGUUCAACUAUCAAAUCAUACGUCAGUUGAAAACACUUCAAGGCCACUUGCACAAACAACUCUAAUGUCGUCCAUCAAUCAUGGUCAGACCAGUUGCGUUCUUUUAGGAACAGCAAAACUUUUAGCCUCCAACUCUAAUGGAAGAACAGUCGAGUGCAGAGCAGUAUUGGAUUCAGGUUCACAAAUAAAUAUUGUGACUGAACGAUUGGCAUCCAGAUUGGGGCUGCAAGUAAGCUCCAGUUCGAUUUGCAUCGAAGGCAUAGGGAUAGGUAAAUUGAGUUCUAAAAGUCGUACAACACUUUCUGUGCAAUCAAAAGUGACCAAUUACAAAACAAUACUUGAAGCAAUUGUGUUGCCAAAAAUUGUAUCCAAUCAACCAUCGCAACACUUACAAAUUUCAAAUCGGAAUCUGUCCAAUAACAUCCAAUUAGAAGAUCCUACAUUCUAUAAGUCUAACAAAAUUGAUAUGUUGCUUGGAGCAGAAUUUUAUCAUCAACUCCUAAGUCCUGGUCAAAUACAACUUUCAAGGGAACUACCAAUUCUACAGAACACUGUGCUCGGAUGGAUCGUAUCUGGAAAAAUCCAAAAUGCUAACACAAUGAUUGCAACAUGUGGUAGUUAUACAAUGGUUGCAGAAGAUAGUUUAGAAAAUGCAGUAGAACAAUUUUGGAAGGUUGAAGAAGUUGAUACUCACUCAAAGGUCUUGUCAAUAGCAGAACAACAAUGUGAAGCCCAAUUCACUCAAACUACAUAUCAGAAUGUUACGGGAUAA